AUGAUAGAUACAACGACGCAGAUCAAAUCCUUGGUGGGCCCGCAAACAAUAAUACUGGUGGAGUCAAGAUACUGUCUGGGAUUAGAAGAGGUGGUGAAGAAGGUUCUUCCCAAAAGUAGAGUCUUGGGGAUGAUCUGUGACGCAGAUGUCAGAGUCAUAAAGACGCAAAGCGGAUACCAAUAUUACCACAAGAACCACAGCACAGCAGCAGUUAUCGGGUCGUCGAUUGAUGAGGACCAGAACAUCGUGCAAUUGCUCAAGGGAGAAGGAGAUCUCGGAGCCAGACUGACGCAACUCACGGAAAUGCUCAAGAAAACAGAGGUUUAUCCAUGCUAUUUGAUUCCCAAAGGCAUAAAUCCAACUUUCAACAGCUAUGGGUGGAAAAGAAUUCUUCCAUUUAUCAGUUUGGAAGUAAUGAGCCUCGUUUACUCGAAGCUGAGCACGUUGGAUCCCAUUCAAUUUGGGAUUCUCAAGGGGGUGUUCUCCGACUUACUCACGCUGGGCCGCAAGUAUGGAGCACCCGACCUCCCAGAUCCUUCAGACUCCUCCAAGACAAAAAAUCUGCUCGACGUCAUGAUCAGAGACUUCAAUCAAUCGUACCCUUCUAGCGCGAUCAAGACGCCGAAUUCCUCGAACUAUACUGACGCAGUGUCAAAGGAGCCGAUGCUGGACCUCGCGACCUGUGUUCAUAACUUCAAUUACGGGCACGAAACAGGCGUGAACUUGUCAUUGAAACAAACGUUGAGUUUGGCGACAAAGCACGAUCUGAAAAUGCCAUACGUCGAAAUGCUCUUCAGCUUUUUCACCGAGAUCCAAAAGCUGAAAGAUCAAAACAUAUUCGACUGGGCAAACAGAAGGACAGUAGCUGUUCGAGAAUCUAAUAGUUACGGGGUCGCCCCGUUCCAGCAACAGAUACAAUAUCAGCAAUAUCCAAUGCAGACAGGACCGGCGCCGAUGAGCCCUAACCCUUCAGGCACACAGGCCGGGCCGGGACAGAUGCCGAUGAUGCCUGGAGUGCCCCAGCUCAUGCCUCAAAUGAUGUAUGCGCAGCAAUAUGCGGGCUACGCAAUGGUGGCCGGGCCAGCCAGCUUUGGCGGAGCAAACCCUGGUCUGGUGCCAAUUCACCCGAGGUUUCGGCCAGAUAGCAGCGGGAACACGCCAGGACAGCACACGGUGUCCGCAAUCAAGAACUCGAUGUACAGAAAAUCAUCCACUUCGACCAUCCAAUCGGGAGAAGAGCUCUCGAGGAGUCAGCGUUCCGUGAUCGAGCACGCCAACGUGAAAAACAUGUUCAGCAACACCACGAGCAGGUACGGCGACGUGGACUCGUUCAGCCGAGUGAACGCGUCGAACGGCAGCGUUGCCAGCAGCGGGAGUCUGGCAGGCAGCAUAUGCCCUUCCAAGUAG